UUGCUUGUGGAGCUGUGUUCGUGGAGCUUAGCUAGUCUGCUACUGCUACUGCUGGCUAGUGGCUACCUGCUCUCGGCCACGGCCAUGGCGGGCGGCAAGAAGCUGCAGGAGAGGGUCGCCCUGGCGAGAACCGCGUGGAUGCUGGCCGACUUCGCGAUCCUCUUCCUCCUCCUCGCCAUCGUGGCCCGCCGCGCCGCCUCGCUCCGGGAGCGCGGCGGGACGUGGUUGGCGGCGCUCGUCUGCGAGGCGUGGUUCGCCUUCGUGUGGAUCCUCAACAUGAACGGCAAGUGGAGCCCCGUCCGGUUCGACACCUACCCCGACAACCUCGCCAACAGGUACUCUACGAUGGAGGAGCUCCCGGCGGUGGACAUGUUCGUCACGACCGCGGACCCGGCGCUGGAGCCUCCGUUGAUCACGGUGAACACGGUGCUCUCGCUGCUCGCCCUGGACUACCCGGACGUCGGCAAGCUGGCGUGCUACGUCUCUGACGACGGCUGCUCCCCGGUGACGUGCUACGCGCUGCGUGAGGCCGCCAAGUUCGCCGGCCUCUGGGUCCCUUUCUGCAAGAGGCACGACGUUGCUGUGAGGGCCCCAUUCAUGUACUUCUCUUCCACGCCGGAGGUUGGCACAGGCACAGCCGACCACGAGUUCCUGGAAAGCUGGGCGCUCAUGAAGAGCGAAUAUGAGAGACUAGCCAGCCGAAUCGAGAACGCCGAUGAGGGCUCCAUUAUGCGUGACAGCGGCGACGAGUUCGCCGAGUUCAUCGACGCCGAGCGCGGGAACCAUCCUACCAUCGUUAAGGUUCUGUGGGAUAACAGCAAGAGCAAAGUGGGGGAAGGAUUCCCACAUCUGGUGUACCUCUCUCGAGAGAAAAGCCCCAGACAUCGCCACAACUUCAAGGCUGGUGCCAUGAAUGUUCUGACAAGGGUGUCAGCCGUGAUGACCAACGCUCCCAUCAUGCUGAAUGUGGACUGCGACAUGUUCGCCAACAAUCCGCAGGUCGCCCUACACGCGAUGUGCCUCCUAUUGGGGUUCGACGACGAGAUCCACAGCGGGUUCGUCCAAGUGCCACAGAAGUUCUACGGUGGCCUCAAGGACGAUCCCUUUGGCAACCAGAUGCAGGUUAUAACCAAGAAAAUUGGAGGUGGAAUCGCCGGGAUCCAAGGCAUGUUCUACGGCGGCACGGGCUGUUUUCACCGCAGGAAAGUCAUUUACGGCAUGCCGCCACCUGACACCGUCAAACACGAGACAAGAGGUUCACCAUCUUACAAGGAGCUGCAAGUCAGGUUUGGGAGCUCAAAGGUGUUGAUCGAAUCAUCUAGGAACAUCAUCUCAGGAGACCUGCUCGCUAGACCAACCGUUGAUGUAUCGAGUCGCAUCGAAAUGGCAAAACAAGUCGGCGAUUGCAACUAUGAGGCUGGCACGUGUUGGGGCAAGGAGAUUGGUUGGGUCUAUGGAUCAAUGACAGAAGACAUUUUGACCGGACAACGGAUCCAUGCGGCGGGUUGGAAAUCGGCCUUGUUGGACACCAACCCACCGGCAUUCUUGGGAUGUGCUCCGACCGGGGGACCGGCCAGCUUGACCCAGUUCAAGAGAUGGGCAACAGGGGUUCUGGAGAUACUCAUCAGCCGGAACAGCCCUAUCCUCGGCACCAUCUUCCAACGCCUCCAACUCCGGCAAUGCCUUGGCUAUCUCAUCGUCGAGGCGUGGCCCGUGAGGGCGCCUUUCGAGCUGUGCUAUGCACUAUUGGGACCUUUCUGCCUUCUCACAAACCAGUCCUUCUUGCCAACGGCAUCGGAUGAAGGUUUUCGCAUCCCAGUAGCUCUAUUCUUGAGUUACCACAUAUACCACUUGAUGGAGUACAAGGAGUGCGGGCUCUCUGCCCGCGCCUGGUGGAACAACCACAGGAUGCAACGCAUCACCUCGGCCUCCGCCUGGCUCCUCGCCUUCCUCACCGUGAUCCUCAAGACACUAGGGCUCUCUGAGACCGUGUUCGAGGUCACCCGCAAGGAAAGCAGCACGUCCGAUGGCGGCGCCGGCACCGACGAGGCCGAUCCAGGACUGUUCACAUUCGACUCGGCGCCCGUUUUCAUCCCGGUGACGGCGCUCUCAGUGUUGAACAUUGUGGCCCUCGCCGUCGGGGCAUGGCGCGCCGUCAUCGGGACUGCGGCGGUCGUUCAUGGUGGCCCGGGCAUCGGAGAGUUCGUGUGCUGUGGCUGGAUGGUGUUGUGCUUCUGGCCGUUCGUGAGAGGGCUUGUCAGCAGGGGAAAGCAUGGAAUCCCGUGGAGCGUCAAGGUGAAGGCUGGUUUGAUUGUGGCUGCGUUCGUGCACCUCUGCACAAGGAACUAACCGGCCGGGCUGGCCAUCGAAAUAUUGGAAGCGUAAUUUUAGUUCUACCAUUGGAACAUGUAACGAAGACUCAAGCAGGAAUUAAAGCGUGUUAUUAAAGGAAGUUUGACCCAAUGUAUCUAUCUAUCUCUCUCUAAUCUCUCUCUAAUAAUAAAGCAAAUUGAGUUUCU